UACUAAUACACAUUCAUUCUCUAAACAACAUUCACCGUAACAACUUUAUGUUAGUGGGAAUGUUGUUGCUUCUUGGGAAUAGGUUAAAACUUAAAAUCUUGCCAGAUAUUUUUGGAUGUAUUAACGUGAACAAAGACUUUCAAAUGAGAGAGAGAGCACUUAGGUUACUUUGUGCCAAUAAGACCACAGUGCUUAAACAUAAAGCAAACAUCUAUAAGUACUUGAAACGAGAAAGAGAGAGAGAGAAAGUGAAUGAGCGAGACAAAGAGUUUAACACACGCUUCUAACCAAACUCUUCGUAACUACGGCGGCGACUGAAGCGUUUUCAGAUUCCGAUGAGUGAGAAGCUUGUGUUCAGAAGCACUAGUGGUGGUGACUACUACGGUGCACCAUAUGGAGAGUAUAUGGAGAAGAGACAGUUGUUUCUCAGAAGCUACCAGUUUUCAAGAAAACAGAGUUUCGCUGAGAAAGUUUCAAGAUCUGUUACGAGAGUGAAACGAGUUGUGUUGACAAGAUUAAGAUCAGCUCCGAAAUUGAAACGCGUCGUUUGGUCACGACUCAGAUCGGCUUUUUACUACCGUCGGAGACGUUUUUUUCGACUUCUUCACUUACACGAACCUUGUUAUUGUUUCUAAAAGGUUUUGGAUUAGUGUUUGUUUCGUCUUUAAUUGUGUUUAUGCUCAAAUUAAUCACUGUAUAAUCUCGUUGUUUGGUCUGAUUAAUAACGCUUAAUUGAAGUUUUAGACUUUGUAUUACUACUAUUAUUUAACGUUUUGAAAAGUCAAAGAGAGAAACGUGAACUUUGGUUCGAUUAACGUGAAAGUGGUGACUCAGAGAGAGUUAAAGGUCCUCUUUUUGCGUGUCCCUUCGUCACCAAGUCAGAAGAAGCGUUUGCGUCUGGUUUUGUUAGAGCUACUUGUUAUGGGCUUUAAUGGGCCUUUGUCAAAGAGGCUACUAGAUGAUAAAAGAAAUUGUUACAACAGCAUCAUGUAUUAAUUCUCGGACUGACUCAUAAAGUUAUUUAACGAAAAUGGUUAACC